CAAUGGCUGCGACCUCCGGCCAACUACAUGCUUCUUGAUUACGAGAUUCCUGGACUGAGCAUCCAGAAAGGUGACCCCGUCGAUAAGGGCCAAUGGAUUGAGAUCACGAUGAAUGCCAGAGCUGCCCGAGAGAUCGUUCCCUGGGCUUGCAGCCGCAGAACCAGAAGAGAUUCUAUGGCUCUAGCACUCUCUCGAAUGAGAAGCAUGAGCGUCACGCCGAGUGUCUACAGUGCUGGCGCACCAGAAGGUGUGAGAACAGCUCAGGCAUUGAAAGUGAAGUAUGACGAACUGCACAUCAUGCAGCCACCAUUACUGGGAAUUCAAGCAUACAUGAUCGAUCCAGACGGAAGUGAUGCGUCUUCAAUGGGUUCUUCGACCGGUUCUGAUAGCGACAAUGAUGAUAACGAUCCCGAUGACUCGCAGACACCUGCUCCUUGCGCGAAAAUCAGCUGCGAUGCUGGAAUCAAUCUGGAAUUUGUAGCAGAGGCUACGCUGGCUCUGCUGCCCGAGCGAGGGGGAGAUCCUGACGAUGAUGACAGACAAAUCGUGUUCAAGGCAAUCGUAUCAUUCUGUGAGCCAGCUCAGUCGUUGAGGAAGCGUGGGACAACGAGAAGUGUGAUUCUCCUGGAAUGACAACCUUUGGGAGCGAGUUGCAGAGUUGCAGUUUUGUGGCAUGGACAGUGUCUCCAGCCGAGCCGAGAAAUUCUAUAGCGUACGAAGGUAAGGCUUCCAACUUCUGUUGAUGAGCUGAUCGAUGAACAUCGAUAUACUCUCGUACAGUUGAAGUCAAGUACAUAAAACGUUUC